GGAGGCAGAGGAGAGGUGCUAUUGUGUAAGAUCUUGUGUGUUUGUUUGUGUGUGUGCAGGCUGUGCUGAGAGACAUGGGCUAGGACAAUACAUAGCUGACUGGCUCUAAUAUAAUUCAUUCAUCAUUGUAGUGUGUGUGUGAGAGAGAGAGAGAGAGAGAGAGAGUAGUGGGGGUGUUAGUGUGUUUGUGUGUCAGACGGUAUUCCUGCUCGUCUCGCUCCACCAGUUAAGUUAAAUCAGAGGCAGUCACUGGCACACUGCGGUGGUCUCUCUAUCUCUCUGUCUGUCUGUCCUGCUCUGAAAGCAUCAACAGCCUCCUGGUUCAGCACCACAGGACUCGCUGAGGCCCUCGCCCAAGGCCUGUAUCAGUCACCACAGACGCACCCUGCCGACAAGGCCCCCUGUUUAAAAGUCCCAGGAUCUGGCAUUAAAAAGAGAAAAUGCAGAAUAUAACGGCAGGAGCGACAGAAGGGAUAGCUCUGACAUGCGGGAUGUCUGGAAGCCAUGAAAUCAUCUUCAGCCUGGUACCCAUCGUCUACGGCUGUAACUUUGUCAUCGGCAUUGUCGGAAACAGUAUGGUGGUGGCUGUCAUCUACUGCUACUUGAAGCUCAAGACGGUGGCCAACAUUUUUGUACUCAAUCUUGCUGUUUCUGACCUCACCUUCCUCAUCACUCUGCCCAUGUGGGCCAUCUUCACCGCCACGGGCUAUCACUGGCCCUUUGGAGGAUUCCUGUGCAAGGCCAGUGCAGGGCUGGUGAUUUUUAACCUCUACACCAGCAUCUUCUUCCUCACAGCGCUCAGCAUUGACCGUUAUCUUGCUAUCGUCCACCCAGUGCGAUCACGCAGGUUCCGCACUGUGGUGUACGCACAUAUCACCUGUGUGGUGAUCUGGCUUUUUGCCUUUGUGCUUAGUGUGCCCACUGCCCUGACCAGGGAUAUCCACAACAUCACAAACUCUAAUACUACAGUGUGUGGCAUUCUGCACCCGAACAUUGAAAAUGCCAUGAGGUUGAAAGAGCUCCUGCUGGCCAUCAGCCUGAUGAAAAGCCUGCUGGGCUUCCUGGUGCCCUUCGUCAUCAUCAUCACCUGUUACUGCCUCAUCGGACGGGCGUUGCUGGGAGCAAGACACAUCCAGAAAAGCUCCCGUUCCCGGGAUGACGAGGUGCUGCGCAUGCUUGCAGCAGCUGUCCUGGCCUUCUUCCUAUGCUGGGUGCCCCAUCAGGUGUUCCACUUAAUGCAGGUGCUCACCCAGCUGAUACUGGUGGAGAACUGUGCCAUGCUGGAAAUCAUUGACACCGCCAUGCCCUUCACCAUCUGCAUUGCCUACUUCAACAGCUGCGUUAACCCUAUUGUGUAUGGCUUUGUUGGGCGCAACUUUCGCAAAAACUUACUGCGUCUGCUGCGCUGCACACCAGGAAGAGCUACAGGGCCUCACCCGAGCAUCAGCUCCAAGGUGAGCGCCCUCUCUUUUCGUGCCUCUGAGUCACUGAGCCUCACGGCCAAAAGUAAGGCCUCCUCUGAUGUUAAAUGAAAAACAUUAAAUAAAGAGGGUACAAGUUCACUCUCCCCGCUCUUUUGAUCUGUGAUUAAGGGGCCGGGGAUGGAGACAUUCCAUCCUUUUAAAACCCCAACUGUAUCACCAAGCACUGAACCAUGCAGAAUGGUUGAAAUGUUGUAUUCAUGUCCCUCUGUGAGUAAGUCCAAGAGACAUUCACUACCUUGUGCAAUGCUUAUCUGCAGAAUAAUUAUUCAUAAACCAUAUGAAUGUCACACAUGUCACACAGCACUAAUGCUUGACACAUUCAUAUGCUGGCAAAUGUUUCUCUCCAAGCCUGUGUAAUGAAUGUGAAGUUUGAAAAAAAUCUGGUGAAGUAAAAAGAAAUCCAGCAAUUAACUAUAUCAAUAGAGUAUUGCCCUGCUAGAAAAGACCAUACAUAAUUACAGAUCGCAUAUCCCAUUAUUUAUAUAAGAUAUGCAUGUACUGCAGGAUUUUGUUGCCAUUGUGCCUUAAAGAUACAGUACAGUAAUAUAUUGUCCAGUGAUAAUCGUUUUGUGUGCUCAGCAGGUCUUUCACCAGUUGGAACAGUGAUCAUGUGCUCAGCAAAGAUGCCAAAGCUACAAAAACAAAAAUCAUAAACCACCCAUGCAUGCUCUGCCAGCAGCUAUAUAUAUGGAACAAUUGGAAAAGUGCAGCAAAAAUGUGAUGUAAGUUUAUAUCAACUAAUAACAUAUUUGACUAAGAUACCUAGUGCCUGUAUGCUACAUGUGGUAAUGUCAAAUUAUGUGCUCCUUGUGAAAAUGUAUAAAAAGUGUUUGCAUAAUAAGACAGAAAUGCUGAAAUGUCCAACACUCCAGGUAGGGUGAUCAUUGUUAAUAUGUCUGUUGGUUGUCUUUGUGGUAUUUAAACAUGUUGAUAGAUUUUUGUUUUCCAACUCUGUAAGUGUACAGUUUGUGAAUAUAUGAAAAUAUGAAUAAAAUGAAAAAAUCCACAGUC